UAUCACGUGACGUACGUCAUACCUUCAUUCCGGAUCUCCCUCCUCUUCAACCCAUUCUUUCCCCCAUCUUGGCUUGUUAGCGUACUAGGUCACAGUUUCAUUUUCCACUUGCCACUUGUAGCAAUGUGCGUCGCUACGAAGAAGUUCUCAACAAAGGCCGCCGAGCCUGGGCCUGGUGCUAAAUCUGCUCGGGAAGCAACAGUUUCAAAGUCGCAUCAUUAUACGACUCAUCCCCCUUGGAUUGACAUGAUUACCGAAUGUAUCACCACGACACCCGAUGGAACCCGUCACGGCGUAUCCCGCCCAGCGAUUAAGAAAUUCGUCGACUCAAAGUAUCAUCUCGAAAUAAAUCCUCUAGCGUCUAGCCAGCUUAACCGAGCGAUCCAUCAUGGUGCCGAUAAAGGGACAUUUGUCCUGCCAAAAGGUCCUUCUGGAAAAGUUAAACUUGCACCUCGGAGGCACACUGAGGCAGCUAAAGAGCCACUCAUUGGGAAGAACGCACAGCCAGCUUCAAAACGCUCCACUGCUGCCAAAGAAAGUCACGUCAUCCCAAUCAAGGUAGCUACUAAAACCGCGGCGAAGAAGACGGCUCGUGCCGCGAAGCCAGCGGCUACCACCGUGCCCGCCACACUGCCGAAGUCAAGGACUGCUGAAAAGAAAUAUCACUCCACUGCAAAGAAGGCUAGGGCGACUGGUUCCUCUACUCGCAGGACGGUCGGAAGAAAGGCCGCUACUGCACCGGGCACAGCUAAGAAGACUGCCACAGGAAGAUCAACUUCAUCAAAGAUUAGGCGGGGAGCAACCUCUGCGAAGAGGACUACGAGGGCAGCAGCUUCGAAGCAGAGGGUCCGGAAGACUUCUCGCAAGUAACGCAUGUUAUUCAUGAUUUCGCGCUCUUUCUGGCGAAUCAUGACUAACGUCUUGAUAUCUCCUCAGAAACACGGUUUUUCUUCACUGCUUUUCGUUACAUGUUCCAGUCUGUUUUUUGUU